GUUCCGCAACCGGAAGUCAGAUGUUGCUGUUGAGUCACCCCUGACUGGUAAUAGCCAGAUAGCGGAAAACAGCUAGAGAUGAUGCUGGAGAGUUCGGCAUCUUUGAACCAUUCCAGAGAGUGAAUAAAUGCGUUUUUCAAUUAGGAUAUCGCCUUGAGCAUUUGUGCUUUACUUUACAAGACUGACGUUUAAUCAAAAUGAUGGAAGAAAUUGACAGAUUUCAAGUACCACCAGUAAAUCCAGAGAUGAAGCUGUUGGAUCCUGCAGAAACGUCCACUUUGGAGGCUGAAACAGGAACGAGAGAAUCAGAGUCAGUCACCAUCAACUACAAGCCCUCUCCACUGCAAGUGAAGAUAGAGAAACAGCGAGAGCUUGCGAGGAAGGGCUCAGUGAAGAAUGGAACUGUGGGUAGUCCAGUAAAUCAGCAGCCCAAGAAAAAUAAUGUUAUGGCCAGAACAAGGUUGGUUGUCCCUAAUAAAGGCUAUUCAUCCUUAGACCAGAGUCCAGAUGAGAAGCCACUUGUAGCACUGGACACUGACAGUGACGAUGACUUCGAUAUGUCCAGAUAUUCAUCAUCUGGAUAUUCCUCAGCCGAGGUGAGAUGUCUAAAUUACCAGCAAAUAAACCAAGAUUUAAACAUCCAGCUGCUGAAGGAUGGCUACCGACUGGACGAAAUCCCAGACGAUGAAGACCUUGAUCUCAUCCCCCCCAAAUCAGUCAACCCCACCUGCAUGUGCUGCCAAGCCACUUCCUCCACAGCCUGUCAAAUUCAGUAACCCCAGCCUUCCUUGGACCCCUCCUGUCUCAAGCCUGUGAGUUAAACUCACAGUUAGCACCCUCAGCAUAGAAUUAACAACUAAAGAACUUAAAAAAAAAAACAAUAGAAUGGGUGUAUUAAAAUGAACAUAAAAUAGGGAAAAGUAAUGAAUGAAAAUGCACAAAUACGUAACAGUCUUUGGUUCCUCCUAUGGUAGGACAUGAUUAUCAUCACGAGAGGGCACUAGAGUUAGGUGUGUAAAGCUGCAUCGAGGUGUGAAUAUAAAUGCAUGGUGCAACAUUAGAAGAAUCAGCUCUUUUGGAACAAAACAAAAAUGAACAUUUCACACUACAGUUCUCCCAACGUUUUUGUCUUAGUUAAUCAGGAAGGACCCUUUACAUCAAAUCAGAAAGGUUUUCAUUUUCACUUAUAUAAUACACAUUUAAAAAUGAUUUAAUUUAAAGGGUAAGAGUAUCUUUUGGCCACCCUAAUGAUUUCAUUUUUAUUUAAACUCCGUUUCUGUUUUAUAGGUCUAUCAAAGCAAAAAUCAAAAUUUUUUGGUUGCUCUAGAAUAUCUGCCUUUAACUGAUGCUAGGAGAGAUGUGUUUUGUAAUGAAAGGGAGUGUAUAGUGACCAGGUGAAUUCGUUUCUCAGAUCAUUUAGAUUGCAGACGUAUGUAUUAAUAUAUUAUUUGUAGCUUUGUAGCAAACACUAAUAAAGGGAAUUCUUUUAAAUUGAGAUAUAUAUCGAUACAGAAGACACCAAUCUGCUAUGAAAUUGACAGCAGAUUUAAUUAUUAAGUCAGGGAAUUUUAUUGAAUAAUUGAUAUGUGUUUACUAAGAGACUUUAUUUUUUGAAUAUUCUUUUGUGUUCAGUGUUUCGGUCAGUGUUGCUUCACACAAACCCGACAGUUUAACUGGAUUAAAGGAACUUAAAUUUUAGUUUUCAAAGAUAAACACAAGACACAAGAUAAUUCGGUACAGUUUUCUGAUUUAUUUCUGAGAGCUCUUUGUUUUGAGAAUUGUUGCGACGUCUUAGGAGGGGAGGGGACGAAAGCUUGUAUUGAUUUACUUGAAGAUAAUAGCAGCUGCCAGAUACAUAUCCCAUAAUCUCUGUCAUUUAACGGACAAAAACAAAUCUAUCAAUUAUGUUUAAUCAAUUUCUGUCCGAAUGCACAAAAUGUGUUGUUUCUUU